AGAAGCAACAUGGAGCCCUGGUGCUGGAAGCAGCUACAGCUAGUUUAGUGAUGAGACACGUGCACCUAAUUCUAAUAAAUAAAUAAAUCAAUUCCCAAUAAGUCAAAACGACUAAAUAAAAAACAUUUUCUCUGUAAAAAAAUCUAGAACCGUUAGAUUGUUAGAUGUGUUCAGAGACCGUUGGAUUCCAUUUCUUUGUCAAAAGACUCAAAACUACCCAAAACUCUUCCAUCUUCACCAAAUUCUCUCAAUCACUCAUCAAUGGCGAUUUCUCAAGCUCAGCCUCUGCUUCUUCUCCUCUUAUCAGUCUUCUUCUUACCUGCUUUGCACGCCACUUCUUUCACCUACUGCGAUAAGAGGCUCGAUCCCGUUAAGGUCACGGGUGUGAAGAUCUCCCCUGACCCUGUUGUGAGUGGUGCAGCCGCAACAUUUAAGAUUUUUGGUUCUACUGGCGAAGACAUCUCUGGAGGAAAAGUAGUGAUCAGGGUUUUAUACGUUGGGAUUCCUGUCCAUACCGAAACUCAUGACCUCUGCGAUGAGACGGCAUGUCCGGUUGCACCUGGCAGCUUUGUGCUUUCUCAUUCUCAAACACUCCCUUCAAUUACACCACCUGGUACUUACACGCUAAAGAUGACAAUCAACGACAAGAAUGGCGGAAGACUAACGUGUAUCAGCUUCAAAUUCAAGAUCACAGUAGGUUCUGCGGUCUUUGCUAGUUAAGUUUUAUGGUGUAAAUUGUGUCUUUGUGAAUCUCUCUCUCGUUUACUUUUGUGGUGUCCAAAUAAAGAAUGCUCUUUAGAGACUUGAGUUGAUCUACAUGAAACAAAGAGUCACAAACCAAUCUGUCUAACGUUUCCACUGCGCAAGGUAGCAGUCAUCAAGAUAACAUACUAAUCAAGUUAGAAGCAAUCUAUGAUAAUCUCUUCCUUCAAAAGCAUUUAUCAUCCCC